UCCGUCUCCCUGCCGGCCAAGAGCAGGAAGAGCUUCAGUCAGCUUAAGCGAGCGAAACCGUACGGUUCCCUGUUCCAGCGGGCGAAACCCGGCAACUUCCUGCCGGAGCGAAAGCAGAUUGAUAAGAUCAGGAAGAAGAAGAAGCUGAAGAGGAGGGAAACGGAGGUGUCUGCGGAGGAGGACUACGAGGAGAAGCUGCUGGAGCUGGAGGCCGAGGACUCUUUCGCAGAGACGCCGCUGAGCCCCUCGUCCGAGGGCGACCCCCAGUCUGUGGCCGAGCACAGCUCAGUGUGGGACUCGGACACCCCCUCCAGCGUCUCCUAA